AUGGCUCCUAAAAACCAGAUUGCCAACAAUCCUAUCGUGGGCUCACAGCCACACAAGGACACAUUUGCGUCCAGCAAAAUAACAUUCGACGAUUGGAAGGCCCCCCCGCUGCCAUCCAUACGCCUGCCCGAGCCUUCUGGUCUUCCGUCUAUCAAACUUCUGAAGUUUAGCGGGACCGACAAUCUUUCGAGAGCUGUGAAGUUCAAGCUGUCUCCUGAUGAAGCUUUGGAUAUGAAUGCGGUGCCGGAUGGCUACGCUCUUCUCAAGGUCACUGGGCGGUCUCCAUUGAAGACCCAGGUAUUCCAGGUCCGCAUGAAGACGCUCUCCGAUGCGUCGGUUCGCUGGGCACAGGAAUUCAAAGAUUCUCCCGACCAGCGAGUUUGGGAAAUUCGCGCACGACCUGAGUUUAUAAGCGAUCUCAUGACGAUUCUGCAUUCUGGGCUCCUGCCGUAUGGUCCGCGGAGGAGCUUUCAAGAUAUCCUCGCUCUGUGCUACCUUGCCCGGCAGCACUUGAUCAUGGACAGAGUCAGAAGAGAGCUGAACUCUUUACUGCAUGCCAGCACUGCCAUGAACAAUCAAGAGUUAUGGUACAUUCUCCUCGCAGCACAACCACUGUGCUGUGACAACCAGAGCAUUGGCCAUCUUGCAUUCAACAUCUUGGUCUGGCGGCAAGCAGGCUCCUUCCACCCCCUCCGCGAGACUCAAUUCUUGGAAGAGGACCACCUGUUCCACGGUGAAGAGCACAAAGUGAUCGGUGAGGCCUUUCCAUUUUCCACACCGGAUAUGCAAGAGCUUAGGACCUCGUUAGCCCGUCAGCUUUUUGAGGCAGCGAACAUGGUUGACCCGGAUCUGGGGAUGACCAUCUUCCUCCACCGCGAAGGUAUCAGAGCUCGGUCGCCCUGGGAGAUACUCACCUAUCUGCAGCAAUUUUGCCAUAUAAAGUUCCCCAAACUCCCACUCGGAAGCGGAGAGUGGUCCUUUGAGGCUGUUCUCAACCAAGAAUCCGUCCGGAUGGCUGUCGUCAGGGAUGACAUUGACGACAGAUCUCAUGAAUUGCACGGCUGGAGACUCUGGUCUGUGCUACGGGGCAUUUGGCUUCACAUUACCGAGAUUUCCAACGAAUACGUCCUCUCGUAG